AUGUUCAAGAAGAAGCCUGACAUUAAGAAUCUGUCGCCGCUGCGGUCUUCAGACCGUCGCAAGCUCGCAGACCAGAUCAUCCACGACUACGCCAUCUCCGUCCCUGAGCAGCAGGCACAGGCACAGGCACAGGCACAGGCCGGCGACGAUGCAUCAACCCCUCAAGUGACGUUAUCAUCGCUUCGGACUUCCCUGCUGCCCGAGUCAACGUCUAGCGCUCGCUUCACCACGACGUCUGGCCCGAAUCUUGCACCCGUCAGCGGGACCAUCUAUGUUGGCACGCAUCCAGGCCAGGAUGAGAGGAUCCUGUGGUUUCAGACGGGCAAGAACCCCCGACUGAUUCCCACCGUCUACACGUUAUGGCAGAACCCCGGCGUGCUGCCACUGUUGCACACCCCUGACUUCGUGGUGGAUGAGAAACUAACGCAUGGCUCCGACCUGAUGAUUCCUGGCCUUGUGAAGGCGAAGGGAACGCAAUGGGACCAGAGGGCUGCCACUGGCGCCGUGGUUGCAGUCGCAGGCAUACGGAAAGACACUGUUCCCCUUUGGGUCGGCACUUGUGAAGUGGAUUUGCGCAACCUUCCAAACGAUCUUCGUGGCCAGAAAGGUGUCGCCGUCAAAGGCCUUCACUGGGCAGGGGAUGAGGCCUGGGGUUGGAAACCACUGGGUAGUGGGGGCAGGGAGGCACCAGAUGGCAUUGAAGGCUGGCAAGGUCUGACGCAUGAUAUAACGGCUGCCGUUGAUCAGACUAUUCUUGCAGACGAUCGCGACGAAGGCCAGGGCGGUGCCGCCUUGGACCAGUCUUCGACCGGCCCAGGACCCGAAGGAAACGAUCAGAUUGUCGACCUGGAGGACCUGGAACCAACGACGAAAGAAGUUGAUGCUGCCUUUCACCAAGCCUUCCUUUUCGCAGUGCACAAGGCGAAAGCUAGUAAUCCGGCGCCGCACCAUGGUUUCGACUUUCCCAUCCAACCAUCUUAUCUCAUAUCCAACAUGAUUCAACCGAACCUGAGGUUUCAGAACCAGCACUAUAACAUCAAGAAGUCGUCCUGGAAGAACGUGAAGAAGUUUAUAAAGCACCUGGACAAGACUGGGCUGCUGAAGUCAAAAGACCGUAGUGGAGGAGAGACGGUGAUUCUCGACAUUGACUUUGACGAUGCCCAAGUCACCGGUUUCAGGCCGUACACCCUGCCAAAACCAAAAGCCACUGCGUCUGACUCGGGUGCGGACAAAGCUCGUGCCAGCGAUGCUUCAUCAUCCAGUGACCCAUCCAUAGGGCAGAAGGUGACCAUCCAAACCGUAUAUCGUGCCUCGUCAAAACUGGUGCCAACCCUCCUCCCGUCAAAGACAGAAUUCUACAGCGCUCAGCAGAUUUCUGCUGCUCUGAAAUCAUAUAUCGAAGCCCACCCAGACCUAGGUGGACAAGGCACGUCUAGCAUCAAGCUGGACCCAUUCAUUGCGAAUAGCAUCCUAGGGUCAAACCCUUCUCAAGACGACAGCAAACCGCUUGCAGCAGGUCGCAUCGCACGAGGCGCCUUGCAAAGGCGCGUUUUGGAAGAUACUCACCUCUGCCAACCAUAUCAUAUGAUUGUACGAUCGUCAGCUACAUCCGAUGCGAAGCCCAAGGCCGGCCCGGCACCCCAAAUUCAUCUUACCAUCGAAAAGCGGACGGGCACGAAGGUGGUCACCAAGGUAUCGAACCUGGAGCCUUUCUUUAUAGACCCUCAGGUUCUGGCUCCUGAGCUCCAGAAGAAGUGUGCUGGGUCUGCGAGUGUAGGCCAGAUCUCAGGAGGGAAGCCUGGCUUGAUGGAGGUAGUGGUUCAAGGCGACCAACGCAAGGUUCUUAUUAGCGACGUCCUAGCCAAAAGAGGGAUCGAUGCCAAGUGGGUGGAUAUAACUGAUAAGACCAAACCAAAGAAGAAGUAA